AAUAAAAACAGAGAGGGAUCGUUUGGGACACACCACGGAACCAAAUCAUUUGGAUAAUCAAGGAAAUAACGGUCAAAAAUCAAAUUUGGGGAAGUGCCGCUGUUUAAAGUCUUGCCAAAAACGCGUACCCUUCGCCACUCUCAUCUUACGGCUUCUAUGGGCUUUGGCGUUUUCAUCUGAAUGGAUCUCUCUCCUCUACUUCCAUACUUUUACUUCCAUCUCAAUUUCUAAAUUCUACAUUUAUUUAAGAAAACCUUUUUAGAUUUUCCAAUCUUCUUUGUUUGUUUUUUUAUUAAUUACCUUUGGACUUCGUAUCUCUCUCUCUCUCUCUGAGACCUGGGUCUUUUUCUCUGGCUGUCCUGGUGCGAUCUCCGGUGAGCUUCGGCAUUCAAGUUUGCUUGGAUAUGUAAUAGGAAAAAUGGCAGCGGCAAAACCAGAUGUCCCCUUGAUCCCAACCUCAUCAUCACGUAACCUCCCCGAUUUCAAGAAAUCCAUUAAACUAAAAUAUGUGAAGCUGGGUUACCAUUACCUCAUCACCCAUGGAAUGUACCUUUUCCUCUCCCCUCUUGUAGUUGUAAUGGCCGUACAGCUCUCAACAUUUUCUUUAAAAGAUCUUUAUGAUCUUUGGGAGCAUCUCCAGUACAAUCUACUUUCUGUGAUCAUCUGUUCGGCUCUCCUCGUCUUCUUAUCCACUGUCUAUUUUCUCACCCGUCCUUGCCCUGUGUACCUUGUCAACUUCUCCUGCUACAAGCCUGAAGAGUCUCGAAAAUGCACCAAAAAGAUCUUCAUGGAUCAAUCUCAGAUGACCGGCACAUUUAUGGAGGAGAAUCUUCAAUUCCAGCGAAAGAUCCUUGAGAGGUCUGGCCUUGGUGAUUCUACUUACCUUCCUGAGGCUCUUCUGAAUAUUCCUCCAAACCCAUCAAUGAAAGAAGCUAGAAAAGAAGCUGAGACUGUGAUGUUUGGUGCCAUUGACGAGCUUUUUGCCAAGACUGCAGUAAAGCCCAAAUACAUUGGAAUUUUGAUUGUGAAUUGCAGUCUGUUCAAUCCAACCCCAUCUCUUUCUGCCAUGGUGGUCAACCGGUACAAGCUUCGUGGAAACAUAGUUAGCUACAAUCUGGGUGGGAUGGGCUGCAGUGCAGGUCUACUCUCAAUUUCUCUUGCUAAAGAACUUCUGCAGGUCCAUCCCAACUUAUAUGCAUUGGUUAUCAGCAUGGAGAACAUCACACUGAACUGGUAUUUUGGCAACGAUAGAUCAAAGCUUGUUUCAAAUUGCUUGUUUCGAAUGGGAGGAGCAGCAAUACUUCUUGCUAACAAACAUUCUGACAGAAGACGAUCCAAAUACCAGUUGCUACAUACUGUUCGUACCCACAAGGGUGCAGAUGACAAGUGCUUAGGCUGUGUCACCCAAGAAGAAGACUCCAUAGGAAAAGUCGGUGUUACUUUGUCAAAGGAUCUUAUGGCAGUUGCUGGUGAUGCUCUGAAGACCAACAUCACCACUUUGGGGCCUCUUGUGUUGCCAAUGUCGGAACAACUCCUUUUCUUUGCUACACUAGUUGGGAAAAAAGUUUUCAAGAUGAAGGUCAAGCCUUAUAUUCCCAAUUUUAAACUAGCUUUUGAGCAUUUUUGUAUUCAUGCUGGAGGAAGAGCUGUUUUGGAUGAAUUGGAGAAGAACUUGCAGCUAUCUGAUUGGCAUAUGGAACCGUCAAGGAUGACGCUUUAUCGAUUUGGAAACACUUCAAGCAGUUCUUUUUGGUAUGAACUUGCAUAUACAGAAGCAAAGGGGAGGAUUAAGAAGGGGGAUAGAACAUGGCAAAUAGCGUUCGGUUCAGGGUUUAAGUGUAACAGUGCAGUGUGGAAGGCUCUGAGGACCAUAAACGCAGCAAAGGAGAAGAACCCUUGGAUGGAUGAAAUCCAUAAGUUCCCAGUAGAUGUUCCAAAGGUAUCGACCAUCUAGAUUUAAGAAAAGUUACAUGUUCCGAAACUAGAUUUUGGCAAUUGGUGGUGACUUUCUGAAUGGUGAAAUUAUUUACUACUUUUAA